AUGGAGAGGAGAGCUCAGGCUGCUGAGUCUCUCAUCGCAACAUCGAGUGGCCAAGCGGCCCUCGAUUAUGCCAUUCAAGCGGUUGAUCUAUACAUGCGAGCAGCUGGAGAGGCCGCCACCAAACGAGAUGCUACACGUCUGCGGCUGAAAUGCCAGCAACUCAUCACUCAGGCUGAGAGGCUCAAGGCUGCAAUCACCGGUCACCAGCCCACACAGCCGCCCAGUAUCCUACAGCGAACCUCACGGCUUCAUGGCAACUACUUCCCUCCCUGGUCGGCAGAGCCUACUGAAAAAGACUUUUCACUCCCCUCGGGCGAUGAACCCUUCACGCAGGCCGCUACUUUCGGUGGGUGGAAACGCCCACGAGAGCUUUAUGAAGAUGGCGGGGCAGAUGGUGGGAUCUUCAUGAACUCGGAAAAUGGCUGCGACCUGGUUCAAGACAUGACUACCGAUUGUUCCGUCGUUGCUAGUCUCUGUGCUGCCAUGCGCAUUUUAACUGGUCGAAACUCAGUCCUAUCAUCCGUCCUAUUUCCCUUUAACAAAGCCAAGGGUAUCCCCAAAUUCUCUCCUUCUGGCAGAUAUGUUCUUCGACUGCACUUCAACGGUUGCUUCCGUCGUGUCGUGAUUGAUGAACGUCUCCCAGCUUCGACGACUGACCGUACCUUGUACGUUGUUGACCGACGCAACCCUCAGCUCAUUUGGCCGGCACUUUUAGAAAAGGCCUAUCUCAAAGUGAGAGGAGGUUAUGACUUCCCAGGGAGUAAUUCGGGCACCGAUCUAUGGGUGCUCACAGGAUGGAUUCCUGAACAGCUCUUCCUUCAAAGGGAAGAUCUCGAUAUCAAUUCAGUGUGGGAGAGAAUCAAGGCUGCUCACGACUCUGAAGAUGUCGUGGUCACUUUGGGUACUGGACGUAUCUCAUCUGAAGAGGAGGAUAUUCUGGGUUUAAUCGGAGAACACGAUUACGCCGUCAUGGAUCUCGACGUCGCUGGUGAUAGUCGAAGGUUCUUGGUCAAGAAUCCCUGGUGUAAUGGCCCGGUCUGGAGAGGGGGUGCUUAUCACGCUUCCAUUACCGACAAUUCGACCGUGCAGCCAACCGACCCCGAGUCCGCAAACUCUCCUCUCGCAGCUGGCUCAUUCUGGAUGUCUCUUGAGGAUGUCGUCCAACAUUUUGAGUCCAUGUAUCUGAACUGGAACCCCAGGCGCUUCGCCCAACGCCAAGAUCACCACUUCAACUGGAAAAUGCCAUCUCCAAAGCUGGCUUCUUCAUUGGUACACAACCCCCAAUAUUCACUGCAGUCACCCAAAGGUGGCGAGGUCUGGAUUCUUGUCAGCCGUCACUUCAUGGAUGCCGAGUUGGAAAUUGCUCGAAACAGGACCGACACUAUGGCGGCAGUCUCCGGGCAGCUCGGGUUCAUGAGCAUCCUAAUCUUCGACAACAAUGGUCACAGAGUGCAAGUGAGUGAUGGUGAUCUAUAUCGGGGGCCAUACGUGGACUCGCCCCAGACACUGGCACGCCUGGAUGCAAGCCCGAUGAAACGAUACACAAUCGUCAUUGACCAGCACGAGUUUCCUCUUCCAGAGUAUACCCUCACCCUUUCAUUCUUCUCACAAGACCCGCUGAGGGUCAAAGAGGCGGGUGACGCAAUGACGCACACAAAGGAGAUUACAGGCUCGUGGACCAGAAGAACCGCAGGUGGCAACUCAGCAUGCACGACAUACGGAACGAACCCCCAAUUCAAGUUGUCGCUUGCCCAGGCGAGCCCUCUCUCCAUUUUGCUCUCAACUGACAUGCAAGACGUUCAUGUCCACGUCGACCUAGUAUGGGCUAAAGGGAAACGAGUUCAGACGCUCAAGGCUCGAGACAUCACAGGUUCAUCUGGCGAGUAUCGCAGGGGCUGCGCAGUGGCAAAUAUCACCCACGUCGAUGCUGGAGAGUACACCCUGGUGUGCUCGACAUUCGAUGCAGGUCAACUUGCCGACUUUGCCCUUAGGAUCUCUUCCAUGACGCCCGUGACACUCGAGCCUGUCCCUGCCGACGCUGCUGGAAGACUACGCAAGACCUUGACACCGUUCCAGUUGUCAGACGGAGAAGAGGUCAGGCGGGCGCAGUUAUCAGUGUCCUGGUUGACCCGUAUGAGUGUGACCGCACGAAGCGUUAUCCAGACAAGCCUAGACCCUGGCAGUCGGCCCUCGUCCACACUCAUGGUCCGACUCUCUGUGGUGCAUGGCUGGGCACCAGAGCGAACCACCAUCGCCGUUUCUGGCGAGGGCGAAUAUCAAGAACUCAAGUCAGUGGUGCGAACCCCUGAACUUGAUAUGGAGCCUGCCCGACUGCAGCGAGAGGCCAGGUCGGAGAAUGUAUUGAACUGGAACUGCACAGUGAUGCACCCGUCAAUGUUGGCCGUUGGGAGCUUGUCUAAACAUAUGAUAACGAGAUCAGCGGCUCUGUAG